AUGGCGGAGGAUGCGGAGGCCUUUGAGCCGCACCCGCAGAUGCUGGCGGAUGCGCUGCACUCCUUGUUGAAACCGUUGAAGCUGACCAAUGGAAUUCGCUUCAAAGAGCAGAGCACUCCAGUUGAGCGAGUUGAGUUCUUCCAUCGCCAAGAGCUCUGUUGGAUUCGAAUCCAAGAAGCGCCGGUGCCGCCCCCGGAACCGCCCAUUCCCAACUCCGUCCGAAUCGGAGGCGGAUUCUACAUCCCCGAAAUCAGAGAAUCGGCCGUGGAGGCCGCCAAAGCCGCCGCGGAGCGCGUGAAGCGCGCCAACUCCACGGUGCGCCGGGGCUCCACCGCGAACCUGGACCGGGCCGCGACCAUCGACGGUAGCGGUGGCCAGAGCUUGUCGGUGGAUGGAUCUCCCAAUCGCAGUCAGUCGGUGAGCGAUGCUUGGAGCUGCGAUCCCAGGGCACCAUUGACGGCACUUGAGCUGGAUCCAUCGGCACUGACACGAGUGUCGGCCCUUGAAGCAGCGGUUAUUGCUCUGCAAUCAGCGAUGGUGCCACCUGAGCGCACCCUCGUGGUCAGAGCAAGAUCGCGCAAGGUGCACUUGGCCCAACUUGAUGAGCUACAGAACCCGCCUGCGUUCUGGCGAGCCAAAUGCGGUUGGGCAUACGGCAACUCAGAUUUUACAGAGUGCAGCAGCUUUCGAUUGAACACAGCAAAUGCCGCAAGUGUUUCUCAGAUGAUCCUGGCACGACGGCGGACGAUGAUGAAUCCGCAUCCAAUAGCAGCGGGGUGUCCACCUCCGAAGACUCCUCGGAUGAGGAGCCCAGUUGAGGAAGCGACCACAGUCCUGCCAUCCCUCUCUCUCUCAUUUGGCUUCUUGCGAUUUCCGUUGAUUCCUUGCUUUGGAUUUUACCCUUUUAUUGAUUUCUCCAGUCAUCAAGCACCAUGCAAGCAGGGUUUGGACGUUUGUCCUUUCAGUUUUUGGCCCAGCAUGAGGGGCGGACUACCGUCGUUAGACGAUGUGGCUGAUGAAGCAGCUGCUUCGGCGGUGGUGCGUUCGUACCUGAAGCUUCGCGGCAUAACCACGGUGGGCACUCUUGCUUUGAUAGCUUCAGAUGAGACCCAGCUGGACAAGGCAUUGAUUACGCCUUUGAUGGCUGGCUGGAAGGAUGGACCCAAUGUGGCCACGGUGGCGGAUGCUGACAAGCCAAUAGCCCACGCCAUGAUCUUGCACAUGUGGAACCUGGCCCGUAGUCAUUGGCUGAAAUCUGCAGGUAACCAUCUCAAUGCUCAGGUGGUGGCCCCACAGACUGCCACUCCGACCACUUCUCCGGCUGACCCCAAAGAUGAGAAAGUCCCGAAGACGCUCCCAAAUGGCGUUUGGAGUUCCUUGCUGAACAAGUACAACAGUGCGCAACUCCAUGGAAGGGACCGACAGUUUCCGGUGAAGGAAUUGAUGGGAGCUGAAUCGAUAGUGGCUCGUGUGUGGUGGGAGCAUCAUCGAUCCAAGCUCUACACGCCUCUCCACCUUGGAGAGAUCCUCCAACAUCGAUCCUUCCAGAGCAACGGGGACUUGAAUCCCCUUGCCAAAGGUCAGAAGAAACUGACGAACCUCUACGUGGAGGACGGAUCCCUGGUCCAGAAGGAGGAAGCGGUUUGGCAGCCUCGCUCUAUUCUGGCCGUCUUGGAUGGCAUCGUGGCGGCCAAAUGGGCCAUGAUCUUGGUGCAAUUGGGUGAUGAGUUGGACAUCACUGAGUACUGCGAUGUGAUGUGCCAGAGAGCCAGGUCUCGGCCAGCCAAAUGCGAGCAGAUGAGCUUGUACUGGAGCGCUUGUGGAUGGCGCAUUGCUAUGGCAAUGCGGGAUGGCAUGACCUUUUCUGCGGCAGCCAAGCAGAUCAUCAAUGACUAUGACCGCUUUGCCGAACACAUGGCCAAGGAAGAUUCUCUCAAGAAGACCAGCAGUGGUGCCAAAGGCCGACAGGCCGAUCCACCCAAGGGCUUUGGCAAGUCUGGCAAACAGAAGCAUCUGUAUCGCUGGGCUCCAUAUGGAAAAGGUGGCGGAUGGCAAUCAUGGCAGCGACAGAAGGAUUGGGAACAGCCACGGCCUCCGAAUGAGGGCACAACCAACACUACUGUGGCACUGACCCCAUCCUUGACCUCUAUGGGGAAGGAAUUCAUCCACCUGGCUUUCUUUGACGGCGUCGGCACCGCUGAGCUGGCACUGGAGAAGGUGAUCGGCCGACCGCUGGCCUAUCUCUCCUGGGAGACAUGCCCCGACUGCAUUCGGGUCCUGGAUCGCCAUUUUCCUCAUGUUCAACAUCGAGGAGACGUGGAUGCAGAUAACCCUUCGGAGCUUGCCAAGACGAUCCAACAGAUUGACCCGUCAGGUUUGGCUAUCAUCUUUGUUUCUGGCGGGCCACCGUGCCCCGACUUCAGUGGCAUUGCUGCGAGUGCUCAGGGCAAAGAAGGCCACGAGGGCAGCAAGUUUGUCAGGUUUUCCAAGUUUUUGAGCCGUUUGGAGAAGCUGGUCAAGCCGCGCGACACAGUGCCGUUGAUUGAGAACGUGUUGAUGCAGAACCCAGGUGAUGUCAGGUUUUUCACUGAUGCACUUCAAGCCCAACCGGUGCUACUUGACCCGGCUGAUUUCUCCAUCAUUUCCAGACCUAGGUUGUUCUGGACACGCCUCAGGUGGUGUGAUUUGAGCAGCUGUCCCAUGACUGGCAAACCGCUGCAAUGGCAAAAGGUCCACAAGCUCCCCAAGCUCAUCUUGGAUUUGCCACGGGUGACGACCGAUGACAUCCAGACAGAUGGAUUGGAGUUUCAUGACAAGGUCAGGAGCGGGCAGGCCAAGUUGCCAUGCCUUACAACGCCUGCCCCAAACCAGGCAGGUAGGCCUCCUCCGAAGAAAAUGAAGGGGCACAUCCCUCCUUCUGUGAAACUCCGCUGGCAACAAGACAAUCGGCAAUAUGCCCCAUGGCAUUACCAAGACACUGCCAUGCUCUCAGACUCCACGGGGCGACUCCACACCCCACCGAUUGGGGUGAAAGAGCAGCUCCAAGGCUUCCCGGCUGGCUUCACUCAGGCUCCUGGGGUCCAUGAACGGGCUCGGCAUCGGAUGCUAGCCAACGCCUGGCAUUUCCAGGUGGCAAAGCUACUGAUUUUGCUGAUACUUUCACAAUGUGGCGCGUUGGCUGCACCAACUCCUGCACCACGUACAAGCGCUUUGCAAUUCGUCCUGGAGCUGGCAGCCAAUGAACCUUUGCUCUUGGGCCCAACACAGUGGACUCAACAGGUUUGCACCAAACGUCCAACCUUCAACAUGUGGGAUCACUGGGAGGCCACUGACCAGGCAGUCCAUCCGCUGUUCUGCAAUUCACACAUUGAACCUGGCAUCAUUCAGGUCUUUGACAAGUGGCGGCGAUGGGGAGAUGUCAACCGGCUGCGCCUUGAGGUGAUCGCAGACCUACAGCGACUGGCUGAUGACUUUCGUGAGAUUCACGACCAUUGGAAGGCAACUCUGCCCAACCAUGUCGCCAAGGUGUACUCUCAAUCUGGGGGCUUUCUGCAAGUGCCGCUUUGGAUGUGGCUCCUGGAACAGAUCAAGUACCCAGACGUGACCACCCUUGCCAAGGAGCUCACCGUCGGCUUCCCGACCACUGGGCAACUUUCACCUGGAGCUGGCUGGCUCCCUCGAUUGGACAGCCGCUACACUAGUCCCAUUUCCAGGGAAGAGUUUCUCCAGGUUAACAAAGCUUACGUUGCCCGCAAGCUGAAUUCCAGGCUCAUCGAUCCUCACUGGAAAUCGAUGUUGGAUGAGCUCGUGCAAGAGCAUCAGAUGGGCCGAGUUGACGGGCCCUUCGAGACUCCGGCUGAAUGGGGGGUUCCUGGCACGUCAGUGAAUGGGCUUCCAAUGAUGCCAGCGCCGCACCACCACGUUUUGUCAGCAGGGUGCUUUGCAGUGCAGCAGUCAGAUAAAGUACGGAGAUGUGAAGAUUGGAGGAGGAGCGGGCACAACUCAACCGUCCGGGUGAGUGACAGCCCCUUGCAUCACACUGUGGACAACUACAUUGCUUCAGCGGUGGCCCUGGCAGAUGGAUGCAACUUGUGCCUCACUUGGGGGCACGACAUGGCCUCAGCCUACCGACAGUUCGCUGUCGCAUGUAUUGAAGAGAACUACACCUUCAUGAGGACGCCAGGAGGAGUUGUCCUUUUUCGCCACAAUGCUAUGAGUUUCGGCGCGGUGUCGUCGGUUUGGUCUUUCAACAGGGCAGCCGACACUCUGACUACGCUGGCGCGGAAGCUCUUGUGGUGUCCAAGCCUACACUUCGUUGAUGACUUCGGGGCCACCGAACCAGCCCCGUUAGCCGAAUCAGGCUUUCGAUCUUUUGCCUUGCUAUUUGAGGUUUUGGGCUUACAGACAAAAGCCAAGAAGGCCCAACCACCAGCGAAGAUUCAGAAGAUUCUCGGGGUGAUGAUUUCGACCACGACCCAUGAUGCCUCUCUGCACCCUUGUCCACAACGGGUCGAACGUCUGAUGACCAACAUCACUACCUACCUGCAGUCCAAUCGCUUGACGCCAGAAGAAGCUCAAACACUGUCAGGCAAGUUGAUUUUCUUGCAAACGACUUCAUUUGGACAGAUGGGUAUGGCACUGCUUGCGCCUUUGUAUGCUCGUGCUCACCACCUACCUUCUGAUCGAGUUGAGAAUGACCAAUUAACUCAUGCUUUGACAGCGGUGCUCACUACUUUACGGGCCCUGAUUCCAUGCAUGCCACCCAGGCGAUUUCCAUUUCAGGCCGACCAACCUGUUACGGUGCUCUACACGGAUGCUUUCUUCAAACUGGGGGAACACGUUUGGCAUGCCAGUGACCAUGAGAACAUCCCCAAGAAGUGGGAUACCAAUCAGGCACCGCUACUGAUCAACGGCUGGGGGAUUGUCCUCAAGAUCGGUGCACAGACUCUCUUUUGUGCUGGUGUCAUACCACCAGAAGUUUUGAAGGUCUUCGCCAAACGGAAGGCCUACAUUUUUGCUUUAGAAAUCUUGACCCAGGUCAUUGCAUUUGUCCUGUUGCGGAAGCAUUUUUCCGCCUACGUUGUGAGCUACAUCGACAACCAACCAGGGCAAAGCUGCCUCAGCAAGGGCUAUGGCCGUGACCACGCAAUCAAUUGUGUGAUGUCCUUUCUAUGGUGCUGGUUCGGACGCUUGCAGAUCUAUCCUCAUUUUGAGUGGGUGCCGUCGGCUCAAAACAUUGCGGACCCAAUCAGCAGAUUUCGCUUUGACAUUGUGCAACCUUCCUGGCAACGACUUCAUUUGAACCUUGAACCAUUCUGGAAGCUUUUGAUUCGUGUGGCAGGCGACAUUAGCUUUGCUACUUCGGAGGCAGUGGAUGCUUUCGCGGCGCUUUCUGAGGAGACAUUCCUCGUGCAGGAUGGGGCAGCAGAGCCCGAGGAUGGCACCGGCAGCCUUUCAGUGAACGCCGGUGGACGAAAGCUGUCAAAGUCUGGUACCAUGACGCUGGAAAGAGAAGCAAGCUUGCAGCAGGCGGAGCGCCGGAUCUCCCGCAGCCUGACGCCGACCCCGGACAAGGUCAACAGCUUAACUGCUGGGCCAGUGUUGCUGGGCGCAGCGGCAGCAGCCGAGAAGAAAGCAGCUGCUGGUGGUGCAACUUCCGGAGAAGAUGAAGAGGGUGAGGUGUGGGACCCCUACAACGAUGACACAGAGAGCAACGUGGGAGGAUCAUCCAUGAACUUGGGGGAAUACCUGGAAGGCGAAGGAGAACCCAGAGAGAAACGUCGGGUGCCCUCGAAGUUUCUGCAUGGAGAGGUGCAGGCGUCGACAGAGGACGACCGCCGAGGUCAUGGCUUCCACUUCGGCACCUUCACGCGUGGCAGCUCUCGGUCACGCUUCGGGGACCGGCGCGGGUUGCAUCCGGGAGAGAAGGCUGAGGACUUCAUGGGCGCCACCACCCAGUCGGACUGCGCCUUCCGCGUCCUGACCAGCGCCCGGCGCCGCCGCUCCUCGCUGCCGGUGCCCUCCCGCCGGGGCUCGAAGGAUCUGUCAGCCUCGGGGCCCGAGCCCAGCUGCCCUGGCUCCGAAGCCAUGGAAGCCUUGCUGGCGGCGCUGGGCCACGACGUGGUGGAGCUGGACCGGCUGCAGGUGCAGCGGAGCGAGUGCAAGGUGGCGGACAAGUGGAAGGUGGAGCUGUGCUAUAUGUAUGCAGACUGCCCCACGGAGCGAGUGGUUGAGAAGCAAGUGGAGGUGAUGGUUGAAAAGAAGGUGCAAGUUCCCGUCGAAGUGCCACGGCCUCGGCCCCUGUCGGAUGACACAGGCUGCCAGACCACAGGGAUUUGGUGCACCUACUGUGGAGCACCGGGUCAUACCAGAGCCAACUGUCCCCUGUUGGCGCUGCAGAAGCGGGUCAAGGAACUGGAAGAUCUGUUGAAGGGUCCACGGCACGAAGAUUGCCAACUUUGUGGGUCGGAUCGGCACUUGGCACCGUAUUGCCCAUCUCUGCAGAAACCUCCUGGAAGCAAUGUGGGCGUGCAAACAGAUCCCAGCUGUCAGCUUUGCGCACGCUUCGGGCACUUUGCCCCACAAUGUCCUCUCCUUGCGCAAUUGAUGCAACCGAAGGUGGAAGAAAAAGCGGCGCGGAUUCGCGUGGGCGGCGGGUGGCUCAUCGCACCCCAGGUCCCAGGCUUGAAGGAAGGAGGCCUCAACGAGAGCGAUGCGUUGGAACUCUUGGCCUCCGCCAACACUGCGGGAUGUCUCAGCAAGGAUGGUCAAGUCGAAGCUCGAAGUCGCUGCAUCCCGGGAAUACCUGGGCCCUCCGCAGUCGCCCGGCGGCUCCGUGAGCCGCCCCAGCAGCGCGCCGCCGGCGCGCCCGGCGAAGCCGCCCACGGCGCCCACGUCGCCGCGCGGACGGGGGAGGCCGUCGACACAUUUUUCUCCGUGGGCAUGCUCGUGCCAAACAGUCUGGCUCCCAAGCAAUCCUGGAGCCGUGGCAACAGAAAGAAGACCCAGCCACCCUUGGAAGUUCUGGACGUGAAAGGGCUUUGCGAGGAGUGGGAUGCUUGUGAGGAAAUCAGAGAUCGCCUGCGGCAAGGAAAUACCUUUCUUCACCCCGAUACAAAAGAUACAGUAGACGGAUGUUGCAAGAAUUCCGCCAUACUAGUUCCAAUUCUUACCAGGAUGGCUGUUUUGGAGUUCAAGUCUUUGCCACCGGUGGAUCCGCUUCGAGUUGAAAUUGAUGAUUUGUUGGUGAAAAACAAGAGGGGGAAUGCCCCCGAACAAGAACAUGAUGUUGUCAAAGCUUCUUGGCGCGUCAAGAAGCUCUGCAGCUUUGUAAAGAUGAAGACCCGUCGUGGAGAAGUAAGCACAGUUGAAACUUUCCAGGAUAUGUGCUUGAUCCUUGAUCCUACUUUGCAGGAAAUGGUGGACGCCAUCAACGGAAAAAACAAAAACUCAUGGUCCAGCAGGGUCCAAGCAAAGAAGAAGGAGUUGGAAGAGGCAGACAACCCCAUCAGAGCAUGUGCCCCAUCGCCACCUCUCAGUGGUCACACAGGAGCUCCCGCAGAGUUUCCGAGUGGCAAUGAUACGUGCGACACGCUGCCAUAUGAAGCAACACUGGCUGCAACCCCUGAGAUCAAAGAGAAUUUGGUUUCCCCUGUGCAUAGUGCAGAUGCUAAAAGAGAUGCAUACCAAAGAAAACAGGUGAAGGAACGUGUGGAAGGAACAUCUUCUGUCGAAGUCCCUACCUUCGAAAACAAAUCUACCAAUCUUGAGUCCGCUGAUGGUUUGGAGUCAAAGGAUGAGACUGGUACAAAAUCCCCCAAGAAGAAGACCACCCGCAAGAAGAUCGAUGUGAAAGAAGAACAGUUUUCGACCAGUGAGCAAGAGGACCCACCAGCUGAACCCCCGGUGACGCGCAAGAAUCAGCUGGAGAUGAAGGGAGAUUGGUCCUGGGACCCUUAUAUGGAUGAGAUGGAGGAUGAAUGGGGUUGGAAUCCAUCUGGGGAUUCUGAAUCAGCAUGGCCCACUGGUGAUGUUAAAGGUGAAGAGGCACAGCCAGAGCCUGCAACAAAACGACGCCGGAAGAGCAAGGAGCCCACACCCUCAGGAGCUUCGAACAAGGCAGACACAAAAGCAGAAAAAACCGAGGUGGCAAAGGGAAAGAACAAUGACAAAACCAAAAAACAUGUUGCCAAGACCCCGGCAGAAAAGAAAGUUACUGAAAAAAAUGCUGACUUGGAGGAAACAAAGAAACGACCCCGCUCCCGUUCAGCAAAAGACAGCAGCAGAAAGGGCAAGAAGCUGGAGCGACUGCCGCCGGCACCUACAACACAAAAGGAUCAAAAGCUUGAAAUUGUGAAGUUCCUGAGGUUGACAAAAGACCUAACCGAAGACAAUGCGAAGGAGCAGUUGAAAGAUUUGGUACCAGAUUACAAGGGCCUUGGGUAUGAUGGGACCCUCAACAUCUACUGGCUCAGAAAAGGUGUCAAGGGCACAGGCGUUGGAGUUAAAUCAGUAUCGGAAGGAAAGGACUAUGCCCAUUUUGGGUUUUUGAGUUGUUCUGACAACUGGAUUAUCGCCAUGGCUACGUCGAUCAAGGCAGCAGAAAUUUUGGUACGCUAUGUGGAUGACACUUCGGAGACUGAGGAAAACAAAGGAGUUUCCCUGCAGGCCAACCGCGAUGUCCAGAACAUGAAAGAAGCAAUUAUCAUUUCCGGGCGAAAAGCCAUCCAAGCGUUUUGCAAAGAAGCCUACUCAAAGGCCAUGCCAUUCCGACUAUCUGCGUCGCAGCGCCGGCUCGCUUUGCUGGCCAUUUUGCGGUGCAAAGCCCACGACUUUGCAGCCCACCUCGGAGUAAAAUGCAGCAGCUUCUGCAAGGACAUGCCUGAUGGUUUUGCUCAUCACCGCGAUGGGCGGCGUGUGGACGCUAGAGCAGCCAGGCACUACCCAAUGGCAUUUGCACGAGCAGUGGCAGAUCGGAUAGAAUCCAUGAAGGCUACACGCCGAGGAUGUCCUGAGGUUCCAAAUGAGGCAACUCCAGAAGAACUUCAAGCUGCUGGCAUCUCCGUCCUGAAGGAGAAGGACCCUCCACCCGAGUCAGAAGGCAAUGAGGUGUCUCCCCAACAACUGGCAGCAGAACCGCCAGCUGGUGAAACCAAAGACGAAUCCACUGCCCGAGCUGGACAAGCCGACGUGUCCCGCAAGGCCAAACUGCGGAGUGCGGCCAAGAGUCGCAUCAACCGCUGGGUGAAGCCGCACGGUCGCCGAUCGGAGCUCAAUGCUCCUGAGUGGUUGGUUGAGCAGUGGAGAAAUGGCUGUAAGAACGACAUUGCUGACCUGUUGAGCCAAGAGAAUUUCAACAAGGAACGCUUUUUGAAUAAGCUCUUGAUCAGCGUAAAGAAGCAGCAAAAGGUUGAGCUUACCAAAGAACAGGGCUGGUUCUCAGAGGGUGAGCUUACGGAGACCAAGAUCGACGGUGCCAAAGCCAAGUGCAAAGCGAUGGGCCAAUCUCACUUUAGGCAGAAUGAGUACGACGGUGUGGAUGAGAUGUGGGUCACGAUCAAAGAAACUGGGAAAAAAAUUGAGUCUACUACUUACGAGGAACUUCACCAGCAAGAGCGUGAGGCCUCUGGUGAACCUACUUGUGACUUUGGCGAUGGUGGCAAGUUUGCCAUGAUUGAAGCUGACAGGGCCAGGUGCAUCAAUUCCUUAAAGACGCAGAUCCAAAAGGUUGAUGAUGCAUAUGACUCGUGCAUGAAUGCAUGGUCCAAGGGUGAAGCAGAGGGGUUCUUUACAGAGGGGUGUGCAACGGCAAGCGGAGUGGAAAUGAAGAUCAGGAACGCAAAAAAGUUCUACAAAAAGAAGGACACCCCUGGCCGCGCAUCGGUUCGUACGCGUGGCCGUGAUGAUGGAAAUGAGGUCAAAAGCCAGGUCACACCAUUCGUGGAUUUGCCAAACGAGUUGGUGAAGGCCUCUUGUCGAUCUGCCAUCGACGCUGCCCGCAACAUAGUGGCGGAUCUUGGUCCGACCGCUGCACAGUCGAUGUGCACAACAGGGUUCACAGAUCGACAGGGAGUGCAGCGGUGGAUGAUGAUGCUUCACAUCACAGGAGAUUGGCAAUUCCUUCACAAGUCGGGAAGCUUCAGCAGAAGCUUCCACAACUGCCAAAAGAACAAGGUUCAGCAGGCUGGUCGUGGAAUUUGUCACCAGUGUCAGGCAGGACAGCCACAUGCUCCAUUCGAACAAAUUGCAACAAGGCGACCUGCGUGGCUGCAGACAGAGUUCGUGGAGUGCGCAUUUGAGGAACCUACACCCUUCCGGAUCUUGCCUCAUGUUCCAGGUCAGCUGGAAGCAAUGUGGGCUUUUGACUUCUUCCACACUUGGCACCUCGGCGUGGCAAGGGUUUGGAUUGGCUCAGCUCUGGCCAUGUUGGCACAGCUGCAACAUGGCAGCAGCAUCGAUGACAGGUUUGCUGCCCUGUCUGAUCAAUACAAGCAAUGGUGCUUCCAGCACAAGUGCCGUGCCCACAUCCAAAAGCUCACAAAGGACUGCAUUGCCUGGCAAAAAACAACUUUGUUCCCAUGCGGAACAUGGCACAAAGGGGAGCUCACAACUGUCCUGAUGAGGUUCUUGGAGCAUGUCCUGACGGUAGAGAGGUUCCCUGAUGAGCCUUUGAUGGAGCUUGUUCGGCAGGGCACAGUUUCAAUCAACAAGUCCAUCAGCAGAAUGUACAAAUCAGAUUUGUGGCUCACACGAGCUGAGUGUUUUGAGAUCUCUGGUUUAGGUUUGAGAUUCUUGCGACGGCUGUCUGAGCUGGCGCAUCAAUGUUUCAUUCAAAGGAGAAAUUUGUUUUGCUACAUACCAAAGGUGCACGUGUUGCAGAAAAUUUACCUUAGGGUCCAUACCGCUGCAAUUAACGGCACUCCCCAGCUGAACCCGCUGGGGUUGAGUGUACAGCAAUGUGAAGAUUUCAUUGGCCGCGGCUCCCGUCUUAGCAGGAACGCCUCCACAUCCCCUCGCGGAGAUGGCCAGUCGUCGCAAUCUCCACAUGUGGCGCAGACCUAUGCGCCCAAGGACCCUGCGCGGGUGCUGAGUGGUGGACAGAUGGGGCCUGAGAGAUUCAAACAGAUGGAAGAGGAGCGGCGGAAUUUGUCGGAACGCAUCUCCAAUGGCCAAGGCAAGGCCCCUUCCACCGGGCCCAGGGGCUUCAUCAUCGGUACCUUUGUGCAAGGUAGCCACGACCGGCAUCGCUUGAGCAGCGACACGGGGCCCCGCACCAUGUACCGCGUCUAUCGCAGUGGCAUCGCCUCCGAUGCGGCCAUGGACAGCGAGACCUUGGAGAAGAGAUCCAACAGUCGCUCCAACAGUCGUCGCAGCAGCCUGGCCAGCGUCCGCUCCGACUCACCAUGCCUAGGUUUACCCGGUGAAUUGCCGCUCCAAGAGGGCGGAUCUUCGGCUGCUUCGGAUGAGGAAUGUGGCUGUGGAGACCACGGAUGCCACGGCCACGACGCCUCGCCGCAGAUCGUCAUCGUCCCGGCGGGCUCCGCUACGGAGGCGGUGCGGAGGUUUUCGCACACCUCGGCCUCCUCCCGCAGCGGCAGUCCCUCGCCCGACGCGCCCGCGCGCUCGUCCAGUCGACACUCCACCCGCUCCUCCCCCUGA